AUGUCGGACUGGGAGACGGGCCUCUGCGAGUGCUUCUCCGACUGCAACACGUGUUGUUCGGCGUACUGCUGUGGGUGCUUUGACGUGGCCUACCACUACUCGGCGGCGGAGGACCGGCACUGCGGCCCGAUGGACGGUUGCGGUGGGGUGUGCUGCUUCCUCUGCUGCGCCACCUUCGCCAGGAAUAAGAUAAGGCAAAAGUACGACAUCCCGGGCACCUUCGUCGGCGACUUCUGCUGCAUCUGGUUCUGCACCUGCUGCGCCAUCGCCCAGCAGUCCCGCGAGCUCAGGCAGCGUGGCGUCGUCCACAACGGCAUUGGCUUCGAGACCGCCCGAGCACUUUACCUCCGUGGCUACCACGUAGUCCUCGCGUGCAGGGAUGUUGAAAAGGGCGAGAAGGCCAUCGAGAGCUUGCACCGACUGCCCGACCGACGAGUGAUCGUCGCCCGAGGCACGGCCGAAUGCAUGAUGGUGGACCUCACUUCGCUUCAGUCGGUGAGGGACUUUGCCUCGGCUUUCUUGGCGAAGGGCGUGCAGCUCCACGUCCUCAUCAACAACGCAGGCACCCGGCCCACACUCCUCGCCGACGGCUUCGAGAACCAGUUUGGCGUCAACUACCUUUCCCACUUCCUUCUCACACAUUUGUUGUUGGACAAGCUCAAGGAAUCGGCGCCCGCGCGGAUCAUCAACGUCUCCUCCGUGGCGCACUCGAUGGCCAACUUGGACUUUGACGACCUGCAGACCAAGGAGCAUCCCGGCAGCCGAUUCAUCGCCUAUUCACGCUCCAAGCUCGCCCAGGUCAUGCACGCCUUCAAACUGACAGCGCCUUCUCGACGGGACGGGAGUGACGAUCUCGGCUCUGCACCCGGGAGUGCCCUGUGGCGUGAGCUCUGGGGUCCCAUCAAGUACAUGGUCUACGGCGUCGGCGCCCUCUUCCUCAAAUCGCCGGCCCAGGGCGCAGCCACGACGGUGUGGGCCGCCACCGAGGACACGCUGGAGGGAGUAGGCGGGAAGUACUACGCCGACCGCCGCGAAGCCACCCCGUCUCGCCAGGCUUGCGAUGUCGAAGCGCAGGAGAAGCUGUGGCGCGUGUCUCUUCAACUGGUUGGGCUCGACCGUGAAGAAGACGAACGGACAGAGGACUAA